CUCAUCUGUAGAGUAAACUAUAACGCAUUAUAUUAUUAACAUAGAUGAAAAUAAUUGUUUAUUGUGAUGGAAGAAACAUACAGACCAUGCAUUAAUAUUGAUUCUGGCGAUGAAAUCGUUAUUUCAGGUAUCGCUGGUAGAUUUCCAGAUUCAAAUAAUAUGAAUCUUUUACAAGAAAAUCUAUUCAAUAAAGUUGAUCUUCUUAGAACAGAUCAUGGCCGAUGGAAAAUGGAGCAUCCAGAUUUACCACAACGGAUGGGAACAAUUAAUAAUAUAGAAAAAUUUGAUGCUGAUUUUUUUAACGUAUGCUUCAAGCAAGCACACACGCUCGAUCCUAUGACGAGAAUAUUAUUGGAACAUACUUAUGAAGCAAUUGUCGAUGCUGGGAUCAAUCCAAAACAAUUGCGAGGAAAAAAUACAGCCGUGAUCAUAGGAACAAGUUUUCUGGAAUCGCAAGAGAGAUUUGUGUAUGAGAAUCUUCAGGUAGACGGUCUAGGCAUUGUGGGAUGUAACAAAUCUAUAGUAGCAAAUAUGCUUUCAUAUAUUUUGGAUUUGAAAGGGCCAUCUUAUAUAGUCGAUACGGCAUGCAGCUCCUCUGUUUAUGCCAUAGCUCUUGGUUAUCGUGAUAUCAUGUCAGGUCGAUGCGAAGAUGCCAUAAUUGGAACCUCACAAUUAUGCAUACAUCCCACCGUAAAUCUGCAAUUCUUUCAUCUUGGUGCUUUGUCACCCGAUGGUUGCUGCAAACCUUUUGAUAUUGCUGCUAGCGGAUAUUCGCGUAGUGAAACCUUGUCUGUGCUAUAUCUUCAGAAGGCAAAAAAUGCUAAAAGAAUUUAUGCUACAUGUAAACAUAUUAAAAUUAAUAGCGAUGGUUACAAGGAAGAAGGAAUAACGUUCCCAUCGACAUAUAUGCAAAGCAUUUUAUUGACAGAGGUGUACAAGGAAUGCGAUAUAUUACCAUCUUGUCUAGAUUACAUAGAAGCACAUGGUACCGGUACUAGAGCUGGCGAUCGUGAAGAAGUCAAUGCUAUCUAUACUGUUUUAUGUAAGAAUAGAAAAACUCCGUUGAUGAUCGGCUCUGUAAAAUCCAAUCUUGGUCACGCUGAACCUGCCAGUGGUUUCACUCAGAUCGCUAAGAUAAUAAUAGCAUUCGAAACCGGUUUUAUUCCACCAAACAUCAAUUAUACAUCACCACGAGAUGAUAUAGAUGCUCUUGUAAAUGGAGCCAUACAAGUGGUUACAGAAGCAAUACCACUUAAGAAUGGAUACAUCGGCAUUAAUUCUUUUGGAUUUGGGGGAUCCAAUGCUCAUAUGUUAUUAGAAUGGAAUACCAAACAGAAAGUUAACAACGCAACACCGGACAAUGGUUUGUCAAGACUUGUGAUAUUGUCUGGACGCACCGAAGAAUCAGUAAAUUCGUUUCUAAAUGAUGUUGCUAACCAUUCGACAGAUGUCGAAUAUAUUCGUUUAUUACACGAUAUAUAUGCAUAUAAUAUAGAGGAUCAUCCAUGGAGAGGAUAUAUUAUAUUGAACAAUUUGCAACAAAAUUCAAUAAAGGAAAUCCAAAAUAAUGGGAAUUUAAAAAGACCUAUUUGGUUUAUAUUCUCUGCCUUGGGCGCGCAGUGGCCAAAAAUGGGUCAAGAUUUAUUAAAAUUUGACUCCUUUGCAAAUGCUAUAAAAAUAUGUGACGCUACUUUAAAAUCAUAUGAUAUAAAUAUUAUGGACAUUUUGUUAAAGCAAGACGGAAAAGAAUGCCAAAGCAGUUUACACACAUUUAUCGGCAUCGUUGCCAUUCAGAUUGGAUUGGUAGAUCUUCUAACAUCUUUAGAAAUUAAUGCAGAUUACAUGAUUAGUCAUUCGGCUGGUGAACUUGGUUGUGCAUAUGCGGAUAAAUGUCUAACUAUUGAACAAACUAUUUUAUCGGCAUAUUUUAUUGGUUUAGCCUGUAUCGAAGAAAAUGUGAUUCACAGCUCCAUGGCAGUUGUGAAUCUUAAUUAUGAAUCCCUCAAAAAUAUAUGUCCAGCAAAUAUUGAAAUAGUGUGUCACAAUAGCGAAAACAGUAAUAUUGUAACUGGACCCAUAAGAUCCAUAAAAGAAUUUAUUAAAAAAUUACAGAUUAAUAAUAUUAACGUGAAAGAAAUCUCUUGCGAUGUACCAUAUCACAGUCAUUACCUCACACCCGUGGAAACUCAACUUUUAUUUAAUUUGAACAAAGUAAUACCACAACCGAAAAAGCGAAGUCCAAGAUGGAUCAGUACUUCUGUACCUUGCAUCGAGUGGUCCAAUACGGCAACAAAAUUAUCUUCAGCAAACUAUCAUACGCAUAGUAUAUUAAAUACUGUUCUCUUUAAACAAGCAACGAAGUUAAUCCCAAUUAACGCCGUGACUAUCGAAAUUGCACCGGAUAGUAUCCUACAACAUAUUUUGAAAGAAUCCUUACAUCCAGAAGUGACGAAUAUCGUAUUGACUCAGCGCACUGAAAAUGUCACCAAUGUAACUAUGCGAGGAAUUGGAAAACUUUACAAUUGUGGCUUACAGCCGCAGAUCGUUAACUUAUAUCCACCAGUGAAAUUUCCAGUUAGUCGAGGAACUCCUAUGAUCGCUCCAUCUAUCAGGUGGGAUCAUUCUGAAGAUUGGUUUGUGGCAACUCAUCAAUCGCAGAGGUCUAUACAAUCCAAUGAAAGACACAUCGAAAUCAAUCUCAGUAAUGAGGACUACAAUUAUAUGAGUGGUCAUGUAAUCGAUGGAAGAAAUUUACUACCAGCGACAGGAUAUCUUGCGCUUGUUUGGGAAACUAUCGGCAUGAUGGAAGGAAAAAUAUAUACAACUAUGCCGAUAAUAUUUCGAGAUAUAAGCUUUAUUCGUGCUACUCAUUUAUCAAAUAACAUUGUAAAAUUGACAAUUACAAUACAAAAAGAAGGCGGAAAAUUUGAAAUUAUUGAAGGAGAUAGCGUUGUAGUAACAGGUAUAGUACAUACUAUAUCGAAUCCAGAACAAGAAAUGAUUCCAAACAACCUAUUGCCGAAGAAUGAUAAUGAGGAAGAACAUAUAACUGCUCGAGACAUUUACAAAGAAUUAAAAUUACGUGGUUAUCAGUAUAGUGGCUGGUUCCGUGGAUUAAAAAGCGCAUCUCUUUCAUGCAACAAAGGACAUAUUGCUUGGACAAAUAAUUGGGUGACGUUUAUGGAUACUAUGCUACAACUGCAUAUUCUUGGAUAUGAUACUAAGAACUUAUAUGUUCCUACAAGUAUUCAAAAAUUAGUGAUCGAUCCUGCGCUUCACUCAUUAAAGCUGCGGGAUAUAACAGAAGAUAAUAAACAAUUAUCAAUACGAAUAUACAAAGAAAUAGACACGAUUAUAUCUGGCGGAAUAGAGAUUCGAGGUGUUAAAGCUACUAUGAGUUCUCGCCGGAAAUUAAUCCAGGAUCCCGUUAUUGAAGAACACAUAUUUGUAGCUCAUCAUGAUCGUGCGAAGAUUUCUUUAGGCGAAACGAUCCAAAUAUCGGUGCAGCUUGCGUUGGAAGAUCAUCAGAACAUUAAAAUAAAAGCCAUUGAAUUAGUUGAAGAUAUCGAUAAUGUAACAUUGGAAGAAUUAUCAUCUCCGCUGUUAAUUAAAGCUUUUAAUGAUAUGCCACUACACAUACAGGCAAAUGUCACUUUAUUAACAUCAUCGAGUCGUUUCAGUUCAGAAGAAUUGCCACAAAAUGUUACAAUCGCAGAUUUAAAUGCAUCUUUAGAUGAUAAAGUGUUAAUAGCUGUUGGAUUCAAUCUUUUGACGAAACAAAUCUCGUUAGAAAAACUUUUACCACUCAUAAGAGAAGGUGGAUAUCUGUUGACACGCGAAAAGUACAACAUAAUUAACUAUGAAAAAUAUUUGCAACAAUACGAAUUAAAUAUUAUUCUUGAAAAGCGCACUGAUACGGAAGUAAUUAUACUUUUGAAGAAAAAAGUUGAGAUAAAAAGGACGACUGUUGUCUAUAUAGAUAAUAACAAUUUUAAUUGGCUCCAAAAACUAAAAUUACUUUUGAAUGAUGAGAAUCAACUUGUUAAAGACAGUAGAAUCAUAAUUGUUGGAGAAAAAGACUUUGAGUGCGGUUUGCUAGGCUUCGUUAACUGUUUGAGGAAAGAGUUAGGCGGCGAAUUUGUUAGAGGUGUACUUAUUCAAGAUCAGAACGCUCCUAAAUUCUCUUUACAAAAUCCCUUUUAUAUGCAACAAUUACAAAAAGACAUGACUAUUAAUGUUUUGCGCUCUAAUAAAAUCUGGGGAUCUUACAGGCAUUUACAAUUACCGCGUCCAGAAGCCCAACUUGUAUCUUCCGCUUAUGUUUGUCAAAUGGUUCGUGGUGAUCUAAGUACAUUUUGUUGGAUGGAAAAUGAAAUAUCUGAUUCUCGGGUCGAAGAUUUGAUACGUAUAGUUUAUUCGUCUAUCAAUUUCAGAGAUGUAAUGUUAGCUACUGCGAAAUUAAAUUCAUUGCCGACCGCAAUGUCGCAAGAACGAUUUCAAAGUAUAUCUCUUGGAUUGGAAUAUGUAGGAUUCGAUACCAAUGGACGUCGCGUAAUGGGACUUCGUGAUAACAAAUGUAUAGCAAACAUCGUUGUGAAAGACAAAGAUUUAUGUUGGAACAUACCUGAUACAUGGACAUUUGAAGAUGCUGCUACAAUCCCAUGCGUUUAUAGCACGUGUUACUUCGCUUUAUAUAUUUAUGGGAAGAUGAAGAAAGGCGAUAAAAUACUUAUACAUUCCGGUACUGGAGGCAUUGGACAAGCAGCUAUUCACCUAGCUCUUAACGAGGGAUGCGAGGUGUUUACUACCGUAGGUACAACUGAAAAGCGAGAAUUUAUUAAGAGAACGUUUCCGACUAUUACGGAUAAGUAUAUUGGAAAUUCUCGAGACACCAGUUUCGAACAAAUGAUAAUGUUGCAAACAAACGGUUAUGGCGUGGAUAUCGUGUUAAAUUCGUUGUCAGAAGAAAAACUAAUUGCAUCCGUUCGUUGUCUAGCACGAAAUGGUCGUUUCCUGGAGAUCGGCAAAUUCGAUCUUGUUUCUAACAAUCCUUUAGAUAUGAUCAUGUUUCAAAAAGGUAUUAGUUUUCAUGGAAUUCUAUUAGAAAAUAUAUUUCUGGGUUAUCACAAGCAUAAGUCUCUAGUAUCCAAAAUGAUGGCUAACGGUUUGAAAAAUUUGAUCAUUAAACCACUUCAGGUGAAAGUUUUUCCAAAAUCAGAAAUUGAAGCGGCUUUCAGAUACAUGUCAAGUGGGAAACAUAUAGGAAAGAUAAUUUUAAAGAUUCAGGAGGAAGAUCAAUCUUUGAACGAACUGGUUGUUGCACAUCGUUGUUACUAUUGUCUCAGUAAUAGAAGCUAUAUUAUAUUAGGAGGUCUAGGUGGAUUCGGUUUGGAGUUAACCGAUUGGCUAAUACUACGAGGCGCUAAAAACGUCGUGCUGAUUUCGCGAACUGGGAUAAAAAAUGGUUAUCAGCGCAUGAAACUUCAAUUAUGGAGAUCUUACGGUGUAAAUGUGAUUAUUAUGAAAAAUAUCGAUACGGCCAACCGUGAUGAUUGCGAAAACCUUUUGCGAACUGCGGAAAAGAUAGCACCGGUGGAUGCGAUAUUCAACCUGGCCGUAGUGCUGAAGGACAACAUUUUGGAAAAUCAAACCAUCAAUACCUUUACGGAAUCCUUCAAAUCGAAGGCCUGGGCAACGCAAAUGUUGGACAAGCUGUCUAGAAAAAUCUGUCCUAAACUACGGCAGUUUGUAGUGUUCUCUUCCGUUUCUUGCGGUAGAGGAAACACUGGACAAACUAAUUAUGGCAUGGCUAAUUCCGUCAUGGAGAGAGUGUGUGAGAAAAGGGCGAAGGAUGGAUUACCUGGACUGGCGAUUCAGUGGGGAGCUAUAGGUGACGUAGGUCUUGUCGCUGAUAUGCAAGAAGAGAAUAAGGAACUCGUUAUCGGCGGUACUUUGCAACAAAAGAUAUCUAGCUGCCUUAACGAACUCGAUACAUUUUUACUUCAAAACCGACCAGUCGUAAGUAGCAUGAUUGUAGCCGAGAGAAAAAUAAAAUCUUCCAGAUUUUACAAUAUGAUUGAAACUGUUGCUAAUCUUUUAAAUGUAAAGGACAUGAAAAAGAUAAGCCAAAAUACAUCUUUAUCUGAGCUUGGAAUGGAUUCUAUGAUGGUUGUGGAAAUUAAGCAAAUCUUGGAACGAGAAUGUGAUAUCUUUUUUACUAUGCAAGAAAUACGGAAUCUUACUUUCGCAAAACUUAAUGAGAUUUCCAAUGCAAACACUGAUUAUAAGAAUACGCAAAUUGAAAAUUCAAUCGAUAGAAAACAAAAUAUUGCGAACUUAUUCGGCAUUGUGGAAGACAAAGAUUUUAUGACGAAAGUUUGUUUAGAUAUCUUUAAAAAAGAAGAAGAUACGAUCCAAGUAUUUCUUAUACCGGGAAUCGAUGGCUGUGUAACUGUAUUUCAUCACUUGGCAUCAAACGUUAAAUUUUCGAUGACAUCCUUGCAAUGUAACACAAACAAUAUUAACACUAUGAACACACUAUCGGAGACGGUUGACUAUCUUCUCGAGCACAUAUCCUCAAGAUUGAAAGAUAGAAGAAAUUUUGUAAUGGUAGGAUAUUCUUUCGGAUCUAUCAUCGCAAUUGAAUUAACAAGAAAAUUGGAAACUAUGAAUUUUAAAGGACGACUUGUACUUAUCGAUGGCGCUCCGGAUCAAGUGCAAAUGAUGUACAAACAUUAUGUAUCAAAUUCCAGCGACAUAGAACUUCAAAAUGAUGUUUUAAUUACUAUUAUGGAAAUGUAUAAAGCAGGAUCCAGUGAAAAGGUUCUACAGGAAUUGAAGAAAUAUAAAACUUGGGAGGAGCGCUUUAAUAUUUUUGCCAAACAUUUUUUAGCAAUAAAUACAUUACUUUCACCCAUAAAUCUGAACACGUUCUGUACAACGGUGUAUAAACAUUUAAUCAUUGCUCGACAAUAUAAUCCUUCUACAUUACCGCGUAUUAAAUCACCCAUAAUGUUGCUAAAAGCUACAUUGUCAUAUGUACAUAUGAAUGAAGAGGAUUAUGGUCUGCACAAGAUUACUCAAAACAAAGUGGAGGUACAUGACAUCGAGGGUAAUCAUUUGACGAUCUUGAGAAACGAGAAAGUGGCAGCUAUGAUUAAUGAGAAACACUAUGAUUAUAUUAAAUAAUUCACUGAUAUUAAAAUAAGAGAUUUUUAGACAAUCGUCUACGGGCAAUUAAGGACAUAUUCGGAUGAAAUAUUUGGUGACAUUUUGUCAAUAAAAAUAUCAUUUUAUUGAUAAUAUAUUGGUCGAACAUACACAAAAAGUUUACAAUAAACAAUAUGUAUUAAAUAUGUAUUAAAAAUCAAUCGAUUGAUUGUAAUCAACUAUGAGGUAUUUUAAUAUAUUGUUCUGUGUCGAUUUUUAUGUAUGUUCGAACAACUUAUUACCAAUAAAA